GGGGUCCUUCAUUCACGGCGGCGGCGGCGCGCGAUUCUUCUCAUUUUGGGUUUCGAGAAGCAAGUCGUCAAACGUCCAUAUUUUCUGACGUUAUAUUUGGGCGAUUUAUUUUCCCCCCAUUUCCAAUGGCGGAGGUUGACGUGGAUCCGAUAACUACCCUCAUUCCAGGCAUUGACUCCAGCCAGAGGCACUUGGGGUUUGUAUGGGGACCAGGAGACCUCCUCGCCUAUGAGACACAGUACAAACCCACAGGUGCCCAGCACGCUGCCCAGAGCUGCCCAUUUGUCCAUGUGGUGCGGAAAGAUGAAGACAUAUACUCCCCCAUCCUGCGUAAACUCUUCAACGAAUCCCACCAUAUCUUUGUCGGGCUGCAGAACAUGAAAGAUGACGUCCCCAGUAAAAACAAAAAGCACCAGUAUAUCAGUGUAAGCAAGAACUACAGGUCAGUGAUCAGAGCCUGCAUGGAGGAGCUCCAGCGAGUAGCAGUAUCGACACGGGAUACAGCUUUGGCAACACAAUAUGGAAAUCAGGUAUCGAUUCUGCUAGCUGUGGAGCUGAUCUGGAACCUUUGCGAAGUGCUUUUCAUUGAGGCAGCUCCAGCUGGAUCCCUGCUCCUCCACCUGCUGGACUGGGUGCGACUGCACAAAGCUGACGUGGACGAGAAAGCACAGGAGGUGUUGCAGAGCGAGUGCCCUGCUGAGCACCAGGCCUACUGGGAUGUGACAGUGUGCUACAUAUUGCAGGGCCGGAUAGACGAGGCCAGACAGAUCCUGUUGAAGCAGGCUUCCCAGCAGCCUGCAGCCAGGGUCACCUUCAAGCUGAUGGACAGUUUGCUGAUGAAGAUGCCCAUUUACAAUCCCGGUGGAACACAGACACUGACUGAGUUUGAUGUAAAAUGGAGGCGGUGGCACCAGGAGUGUGAUCGCUGCCUACAGGACAACUCUUUUGCCAGCCAUCCACACCUGGAACUCAUCUGCAAGAUCUUGGUUGGGGAUGAGGACACUCUUCUGGAGCAGAGGGAGCACCUGAGCACCUGGUACCACUUCCUGGUGACCCGUCUUCUGUACUGCCACCCCACAGUAAAACCUACAGAGCUUCAUUACUAUGCCCAGGCCAGUAUGGACAUGUUCCUUGAUGGCCGGAGUGCCCCGGAACCCCUAGACAGCAUUCUGCUUGCUGCCUUUGAGUUUGACAUUCACCAGGUUAUCAAGGAUUGCAGCAUUGCUCUCAACAACUGGUGGUUUGUAGCUCAUCUGACAGACCUUCUGGACCACUGCAAGUUGCUACAGUCUCACAACCUUCACUUUGGCUCUAAUCUGAGAGAAUUUCUCCUACUGGAAUAUGCAUCUGGCCUUUUCACUCAUCACAGCCUGUGGCAGCUAGCUGUGGACUACUUUGAUCACUGUCCAGAGUUUGGACGAGUCUACCUGGAGCUCCAGAUCGAACGGGUGCCCUUGGACACAGAGCGCAAGGCCCUGAAGGUGCUCCGUAUCUGUGAGCAGAGGCAGAUGGCAGAGCAAGUGCGCAGCAUCUGCAAGAUCAUGGCCAAGAAAGCAUUGAGGAACAACCGGCUGGGCUCGGCGCUGUCUUGGAGCAUCCGGGCAAAGGAUGCCGCUUUCGCUACACUCAUCUCAGAGAGGUUUCUGCAGGACUACUGCACCCACGGGACUUUCUCAGACCUGGACCUGAUAGACAACUUAGGGUCAGCAAUGCUGCUGAGUGACAGACUCACUUUCCUUGGUAAAUACCGAGAGUUCCACAAGCUGUACGCCGAAAAGCAGUUCGCAGAAGCAGCAAGGCUCCUGUUGUCCCUUAUGACAGCCAAGAUCGCCCCUCGCAGUUUCUGGAUGACCCUGCUGACAGAUGCGCUGCCCCUUCUGGAGCAGAAACAGGUCAUUUUCUCAGCAGACCAGACGUACGAGCUGAUGCACUGCCUGGAGGAGCUGACCACUGGCAAAGUUGCUCCUGAAACGGAACUCUCUAUGCAGGAGGACAACAUAGAAGCGACCAAGAUAGAGCUGUUACGACUGGCACUUGCUCGCAACCUGGCCUUGGCCAUAGUGAAGGAGGGCACCCUGGAAGCCUAACACACCCCCCCCUCUAUUUUAUGUACAUAAAAAUACAUCAAUAAAUAUUCUCUUUUGCA